CUUUCCGUGUGGACUUACUUGGCGUCCUGUUGUCCUGUAUAGUUAAGAAACAGCAGCAAUGCAGAUGCCACGAGUGGCUCCAUGUCCUAUGCCUGUUGCUGAAGAAGCUUCUGAUUGGCUUUGGCACCGCCGACCAUCUCCUAUGCUUGAAAGUUUUGGACCUUCUUUGCUUCGUAAUGGACGCUUUCAGUGAUAUUCAGAAUUCAACGGAGAAGGAAAGGGCUGGACUUUUUAUUAAAAUUCUUCUUUUCUUUAAAUAUAUAUAUUUUUGUUAACCAUUUAGCGGAUGAGUUUUCUUAUGAGUUUGAAGCGCAUUUUAACCGACCUGCCGAUCGAGUUCUUAUAUAUCCACCGUCUGCUUUUCCCGGACAGUCAUCAAACUUCGCUGGCCUUUAAAGUUCCACACGGAGACCUUUUAGCGGGCUCUGGACAUCCCAAUAUACUUAGCGUGGAAGUAGUUAAUUCAUAUGACGUGACUAUCGAUAAAGGAACACGGGGCUUCUCCUGGGAUCUUUUUACUGGGACACGCGUAAACCGCGUGUUUAUGAAGUACAAAAGAAAGUUUGGAAACGCCCAGUACCACCACCACGUGGUUGAGGAAGAGGACCUCGACACUUCUGGAAAUGCAAAAAUAAUAAAACUUUGCUAA